AUGUCGUCGCCAGAAGCCCGCUUCGCGAUCAACAAAUCUCGAAUACUAGCUGAGAUUGCCUCUACAGCUCCUGAUGCAUCCCCCAAGGGAUCAAUCGAUGUUCAAAUUCUCCCACUAAUUAACCAAUUAAAUCAACAUGAUCGGCUGUUUACAACAAGUAGCUGUAGCGGCAGAAUCAGCGUCUUUUUUGAGGGUGUGAAGAAGAGUAUAGAACCAAUUGGCUCCGAGGAAUUACAAGGGGAUGAUCGAGGAAACAGAGCCAGCCAGGCCGGAAUUGGGGGGAAGGGAGAGGGCGGGAAAUGGUUAUUCGUCUCUCAUGACCCCGUGAGCGACGUGGAAAAGAAAAGUAAUCGAGAAAUUGCCGAAAUUCUUUUCAGAGGUGAAAAGGAUAAAGCAGUUACAGAUAUUGCUAGCAACAAGGGAGGGCUAUGCGAGCCUGUAGAGCUAGAAAUGGGUGAUGUAGUGGAUUUCGAUAUCUCAUCUACCACCCGUUUUGUGCAUCUGAAGUUUGAGCCAAUGAUUCUUCACAUCCAGACUGCCGACCUUAAAACAGCCAAUGAAAUUCUCACGGUGGCCCUGUCAGUGGGCUUUCGUGAGUCAGGAAUAAUGAAUCCUGGUCUUAAGGCGUCCUCAUUUCCAAUGGUUGCGAUACGCUGCAAUGGCCUCAUUAUGGAUUCGAUCAUCGGCAUAAUUGAACACCCCAAUGGACAGAUAAGAAAGCUAGUUGACGACAUAUAUUUAAAAACCUUGCUCAAGGUUUGCAACCUCAGGUUCAAGGAGAACCAGCGAAGAAUUGAUGCAUUCACUACAAAAAUUGGGGAAACUUUAUUUAGUAGUGGCACCAGAAAAAGUGAAGGCUACGAAGAUAAAGAGAUAAGGAAAGCAAGGAAGCGAGAAGAGGGGCUAAGAAAACAGAGAGAGUUAAGGUCCAGGGAGCAAGACUAG